UGGCUGCAGCCCGCCUCUCUCAGUACCCUGCGCCGCUCUUCUCAGUACCCAUCCCGCAGACAGGAAAUGACGCAACACCGCAGCUCUCAGUCCCCUCAGACCGGAAAUGUCGUCAACCCUUGCGACGAAAACAAGUUACGUUAUUUCACCUCUCGCGAAAAAAACACGGUAAGUGGCCGCACUGAAAAAAAGUUUUUAAAAGCGUAUGCAUGUUUAAAAAUGUUAAAUAGUUAAACAACACUUGCGGUGAAAAUAUGAAGUGUUUAUUCUGAGUUGAAAAGACCGUACUUAUAUCUAGUAUUCUUAAUGCAAUUUAAAUAAUGUCUUCCUUUACUAACUGCAUGCGACUUUGCUCUACUUAUAUUGUUUAAUACGUACUGAUGAAUUCAGCAGCGAAUUAGCUAAUGCUGCUAAUGCUUUUUACAUUUUUUUUUCACAAUGAACAGUCUUCUUUGUGUAGUUUUCAUUAUAUUGCACUCUUAUUUUUCAUUAUGUACAUGCCUGCAAUUCGCAGCUCGCUGUUUUUGUUGUUGUAUGGUAUUGUUGUUUUGCCUUCAUUUGUUUUGUCUGGUCCUUUGUAGUUUGAAUGUUGUCACAUGAUCCAAAUAGGACAAGCUCCUUGAUCACCACCCCAUUGGGAAGAAACUAAAUCACGACCCCCAAAUGGUAGUCUUCCCAUGCAGAUACAGGGAUGUCACACAGAUCCAAAUGGAAACAUCGAACACUGUAAAACCCACUGUGCAGACAGGACCAAUGGUGACAAUAUAAGACCAUGCCGAGCUUCAUGGACGGUUCAAACUCAUCCUGCCCAGGAACGGCUGAUUAUGUAUUUUUCAGGGAAGGACCAUAUUUGUGGCUGACCCCUAUGUUGUUGCAACAUGGUGAAAGCCUACAGGAUGUGACCCACACAUGCAUUUGCCUGUAAGGCUGAUUAGUAACAACUACAACUUGGAGCAUUGGUUCAUUUUCAAAGAACAGUCAAAUCAUAACAAAUUAAAUGAUCCAAAUUCCAAUUAUUUGUGGGAAGAAAAACAGAUCCAAUCUUGAGAUCAGAGAACUAUUGUUAUCUCUAAUGAAAUUCAGUAACCAUUCAUAUUGGCAUGGCGUUUCCAUGAUGAUCCAGAAUAGCCUUGUUUGGUUUUGAAGGUAUGUUCCAGUCGAUCCUUUUAUGUUGCCCCUUCAAUUAAAGCAGAAUUGCACUCCAGAUGAUUCAUCCAAUCAUUUGAAGCAAAAUUCUAAAAUGCCACUCCAAAAUUGCGAAUGUUUUGUUUCAAGGGCGUUGGCCCGGUCUCAACAUUGGUAGGGACGAAUAUAAUGCAAAUAAGGUUGCUCAAAAGUUGGUGGGGACAACUUUAGCAUCCUGAAAAGUUGGUCGUGUUAUGUCCCUACCGUCCCUAUGCAAACCUACGCCCUUGUUUUGUUUGCAUGAAUCAUUUAAACCUGACUGGUUGGUGUUCUUAUGCAUGGAAACACGUUUGUAAUUGUUUAACUACUGUAUUUAAUAUAAACCUAUAUUUUCAAUUGCAGAAAACGUUGACAGUCAAUCAACAGGGGGACAUGGAAAGAGAGGAUUGGAAGUGAAAUAGAGGGUUUUUCGGGACAGCCAUAGCGGAAGGACUGUGGCAUCUUCAUGUUGAUGACUGAUAUGCCAACUCUGAGGAAGUGGUGGUGUAUAUUGCUAGCGGACAAUUUCAAACUUGGGUGCAUGGUGAGCCACAGGAAAGAGUUUGCCCAUUGGACAGAUAAGGCAAAAGCAUUACUGCAGGGUGAAGUGCCACCAGUCUAUCAGCUACAGAAGUGAAAUUUGAAUAUAAUUGCUGAGGAAGAGGUGCAACCACAGCUCCUUCAAGUUAGUGGUGGCCCACUCCAAAAAGAUAUGACGGGAAAAAAAUGUUUUGGUAAAAGGACUGUGCAAGACUGCACAAAAGCCUCAGACAGGGCUGGGGGGGGGGAUUAAUGCAGUAGGAGUUCCCAAGCAUCCUGCAGAUGGAAGAGGAUGAGCACGAACUACAAUGUCUUGGAGCCAUUCAAGUUCUGUUUCAACCAUCUGGAAGAUGGAUUUACCUUUUUUGAGGAGAUUGUUGACCAAAGAAAAUAUCUGGUAUUCUCUCAAUAAUAAUUAAAAAAAAAAAAAAAAAAAAAAAACUAAAAAAAUAAAGUUUACCACAUUAGAACUGGUUGUAUUGAGUUCAUUUUUCUACACUUAUAAAUUAGUUGUUUUUUUUCUUUUAUCCCAGAUGUUAGUUGUAGGUAGUUUUAAUUACCUGUGAUGAAGGCGGGAGUGCUUGCCGAAAAAUGUCAGGUAAUUAAAACAACCUACAACUAUUGUCUGGGAUAAAAGAAAAAAACAACUAACACAUGACAACUAUUUUGUCAUUUCUGUUUGAAAUAAAGGUGCCUUUCCUGGAGCAGAAAGUUUAAUAUAGUUUCUGAAUUAGUUAAUUAGGAUCUUCACUCACAUGAAUGAAUUUAAGUAGCAAAAUGAAAGACAAAAUUGGUUUGGUUGCAACAUGGAGAGAAUAUUACGUUUUUGAUACAUUAAAUUGUAAUGAAGCUAUAUUAAUGUGUCCGUUCAUAAAAAUGUAAGGAUGACAGCAAUUUCUAAUAAUUCUCAAUUGGAGUAUAUUUUACAAUUGACAAACUAAAGUACACACUGUGAUAGGUCACAUGCGAUCUUUCAGUCACCAAUUAAACCUUUAUUACAGUAGUGUGUAUUUUAAUUUUGAUGUACUGUAACCAUGUUUUUCAUUUUGGUAAAAUCACCAGGCUUUAACAAACUGACCGCGCUUAAAGAGUUAAUCUCCCGAUUUCACCAAAUCAAUUUAAGGAGCAUGGAAAUAAAUUAUUAUUUAAAUAAUAAUGAGUGAUGCUGAAACCGAAAAUAAAAGACGUGCGAAAAGAAAAGUAAACUAGUAUUUACGUUCGAAUGGACGCUAACUAUUACGAUAAAACCGGAAGCUCGGAGCUCGAGCGCUGUUUCAUGUUGUCAUUUCCGGUCUGAGAGCUGCGAUAUUGCGUCACUUCCUGUCUGCGGGAUGGGUACUGAGACGAGCGGCGCAGGGUACUGAGAGAGGCGGGCUGCAGCCAGACUCUCUUGAUUAUGGCGUCUUUAAUUCUGCUCUCGCCUCCAGUAUAAAACAAAACCCGCGAGUGACAUUCCGUCAGAUGCUGCAGUGGAGUCAAGUGCACAAGACUCAACUGACGACACUAUCUGGACGAAAGACUUCGACCAUGGAACAUCUUGCAUCAGAAAUUCUUGCAAGCUUCGAAAGGCUGGGAGGUGGGUAUCUCGAUCGGCUCCCGAGGAAAAGAAACUGACCGGAGGUAUGGCAAGUAACAUGGUCAGUUUUGGAGCUGAAUUCGAGGACGAUGCACAAUGGAACAGGUUGUUAUGCUGCAACUCAACCAGAACACUUAAUGGAGCACCCUCUGGGUUUACCAGAUUUGGAUAUGGUGAGCGACGGUUCCAAGAUAACGGUACCCAACACGCAGGAGGUCCAAAUGGGCAUCUUUCCAGCCACAUCAGACAUCCUCAAGGUCAACGAGGAGAGAACAGAGUCUGCAAGCAGGGAAACGUUCAUUUUGGCUGAGCUGAUUGAAACGGAAAAGGCUUACGUGCGAGACCUGCGUGAGGGCAUUGAUACUUGCAUGAGGGAGAUGAUGACCCAAGAGAAGAAGAUUCCUGCAGGGCUAAACAACAUGGAGCACGUCAUCUUCGGGAACUUGCUGGAGCUGUAUGAAUUCCAUCAUAAGAUCUUUCUCAAGGAACUGAAAAAACAUGCACACGUCCCUGAAGAUGUCGGGCAUUGCUUUGUCAAAUGGGCUGAGAAGUUCCAGUUAUAUGUGGACUACUGCAAGAACAGUGACAAGUCCACUCGGCUCAUCAUGGAGCAUACUGUCAACCAUUCCAAUAAAAUUCAGCAGAACCACGGACUGGCAUUCUCGGUACAAUCUUUCCUAAUUAAACCAAUACAGAGAAUGACAAAAUAUCCGCUCCUGUUAAAGAGGAAACAUCAGCGCAUCCACAUCUGUUCAUGGCGGCAUGUGGCCGUCUUCUUCGCAGAGCACAUGCUAUCCCUGCAGAUCUCCCUGACGUCCGGCUUCUGAGUCAGCCCGCUAGCUGUUUGGGGGAAACACAAAUGCAGCAUCGGAAACUGGAAGAAAUGAUUCUUAACUAGAAUUUAUUGCCUACAGCAUCUUUUUGUUAAUGUUCAUCUUUUGUUUUGUGUAUGUGACAGUUCCUAUCAAUAAACAGAUGAAAGUGCAUUGGAAAUAGUGACUCAUUUUGCCCACAUGCAUGGGCAUUAAGUCACCCUUAUUGUGCAAUUUUUCACUUUAAACAUAUCCUCCUGAAACCCUGCAUACUCAUGUGAGGAUAUGAGAUUUAAAAUAGCAAAGAGAAAUGAAUAAUGCAUUGCAAAAAAGCUUAGUUUUCAGGUUAAAGCAAAUGUAUAUAGCAUGAACCAAGUGACAGGUCAUAACUAUGAAAAUAUGUCAGUUUGCUCCUUCAUAAGUCAAGGUAAAACUGCUCAGUGUACAAUUGUACCUUAAAAGUGCUUGUUAAAAAACUCCCAUACUUGUGUCUCACUUUGGUGCAUUGUUGCAAGCUUCUUUUGAACAUUUUACAGUAUUCUGGGCACAGGGGUAGGAUGGGUGUAUAGGAUUCUUUUUUUCCCCAGCCCCAAUAGCAAACAAAAUGAGCAUUUCCCACAGAUUGUUGUUGAGCUAUAAUUUCCAUUCCGUUUCAUUCCAAGUGUGUUUGUGGGGCUUGUACCUCUACUACAUUACUUUAUCCGAGAAGGAACUUCUCCCUAAGGGCGUAGGUUUGCAUCGGGACGGUAGGGACAUAACACUACCAACUUUUCAGGAUGCUCAAACUGUCCCCGUCAACUUUUAUGCAACCUUUUUUGCAUUAUUUAAUGAUUUCAGUCAUAUACUGUGGGUAAUUUAGAUGGUCUUCCCAUAUUUUGUAGAGCCCCCACAAAGACACUUGUCGACAAUAUGCCGCCUCCUCCGCCCCCCUUCGAAAAGGAGGGAUAUUAGAUUUCUUUUUCAGCCAGUGGCAGCAACUAUAAUUAAUGUAAAAAGAUGUCAGUGUUGUGGAGUUGGGGAACACACCAUGAAUCUUGCUACUGAAAGUCUGACCUGCAUCAGAAUUAGCAUAACAUUAAACUGUGAGAAUUCAACAAAAAAUUAAACUGUGUGAAUUUGCUAACCUGCAAAACUCGAGUAGGAAACUGCUCACAGAGAAGUGUCCUUCCUCAUCAAUGUGUUUUCUACUUUUAAUAAUAAUUAAACUGUGAGAAAUGUAGUGAACCGAGGUUUACCCCCUACUCCCCAACUUUUGUUUUUAUUUUUAUUUUAUUUAUGUGGUUUUAAAGGUGAAAAAUGGAACUUUCAUUUUUUUGUUGAGUUUGGCUGUGCUUGUGGACAAAAGCAGUCAUGUUUUACCUGAAGGAAGGCUCAAUUUUUUAAUUUAUUUUUGUUAUUCCCUAUGUAGUUUUGUCAUUUAUAUUUCAUUUCUUUAUUUAGACAGACAAUGUUGAGUGGUCUUAAGACAAAUGUUCAUGUUUUACAUUCCUGAUUAGUUAAGAGAUUAUUGACAGCUUUGUAUUUAUUGUGUAUGCUUAUAUAAUUCAAGUUACGUUCAAC